AUAAAGCAAUAACCACCACCACCCUUUAGUGGGAUCUAAUUGUUUUCUUGAGUGAUAGUCUGGAUAUAGUUGGUUGUUAAAAUCAAAAGUGCAAUUCCACGGUUGACUAUGGUGGGUAAUGAAGAUAUGAACCUUAUCAGAAGACACAAUAACAAGAUCCACAAUCCUAAUUCGCAUCAACAAAUUAGCCCAAGUACUUCAAGUAUUGACGGUAAACCAAGUAAGUCGCUUUUCCAGUCGAUUGACCUUAACCGUGCAUUCAGUGAUAGCUCUUAUGAUAACCCCAAAACUGGUGGGAGACGAAACUCAUACACUUAUCAAUCCCCGGGUACAAAUGAAAACGAAGACGGUAAUGGAGAAGUUCCAUUAUCGAUGAGGUUUAUUCAUAAACCUUCUAGGUCUCAGGAAACGUUUGAAAGGGCCAACGACCCGACUAAACAGAAUAGUUUAUUGAACUCGCAGCUUUCCACUUCCACCACUGAAACCGAAACCUCUGCUUCCAGGGAGACUUCACCCCGGUCGUCGCAAUCUCCAUUUGAAAGUCCUACUCCGGAUCAUUGCAAAUUGGUUCGUAAGAAAAGUGGAGAGAUCUUGAAGUCUUCUUUGAGAGAACGAAGCUAUUUUGAUAAGAAAAGAGCCCAGUCGGAGCCUUCCACUCCUUCUUUUAAAACGGUUCAUUUUGGUGGUGAUACCGAUGUGAAGUACUUCAAAAAAAAGGACCGUCCAAAUGCUAUAAGUGCCACCAACUCUCCUAAUUUGGACGAUAGUGAUCAUUUAAUGAGCCAUAUGAAUAUCGACGACUGGUCCGAUUCCGAUUCCGAUGAGGGAAGUGCGGUUACGGAUGAAAAUUAUGAUUACCUUGAUGACGAAUUAAAUACUCGAAGUGAUGAGAGUAUUGAUGAGCCAAGUACUACCAAAUAUCCAAACCCAAAACAUGGUAAAUUAAUCAAUUGGGAUUUGGUUUUACCAAAUUUCCCAAACACUAAUUAUAUAUCUAAAAUACAAUCAUUACAAUUACCAGUUUUUUUAGAACGAGUAUUUAUAACUGUUGAUAAAAAAUAUUUAUUGGGCCAAAUUGCAGUUAAGAAUCUUUCGUUUGAAAAAAAUGUGGUGGUUCGGUAUACGGCCGACGGUUGGAAUUCAAUUAUUGAGAUUCCGACCAUAUACGUUCCUGAUAUCCCAUCGAUAUUAAAAUUGAAUAACUAUGAUCGUUUUGUUUUUAAAAUCCCCUUGGAUAACAUUUUCAAUACUUAUAAAUUGAAUAAUAAUACCAAAAAACAAAAUGAAAAAUAUCAAGAAAACUCCUAUGAUUUAUGCAUUCGUUAUUCUUCUAAUAAUCAAGAUUUCUGGGAUAAUAAUAAUGGCUCAAACUAUAAUAUCAGACUAACCAAGAAAAUUGUCAUCAAAAAGGAUGAUUUCAAACCUCCUUUCAAUCUAUCAACUCCCAACCAGAUACAAGAUCAUAAUAGAAAACCAAAGUACUCUAGCUCUUAUUUGAAAAAGAGAAACUCCGACUCCAGCAUUCCCGAUGAGCACAUGUUCCAUAACGAUAAUGGGUCUUCUGAUUUUAUUCGAAAUAAUUUCUAUCUAUCUUCGCCUUUAUUGUCUAGUCUCGAUACUAAAGAUGUCGAUCAUGAUUUAGGUCUCGACCACCCAAAGAGACCUCCUUUGAAAUCAAAUCUGUCUCAACAAUUCCAGCAGACUCCUUCAAAACCUCAACCUCCCCAAAACCAAGAUACUCAAUCUCAUUUCAAAAGAAACUUUUUGGAUACAAAAUCUUAUAAAGAGCUUUUGGAUUCCUACUGUUUUUUCUCAACCCCCCAUUAG